AUGCAUUUGGGAAAAGCACUUCUGUUUUUCCUCCUGUUGAACUGUGUGACCAUGACUUUGUCACUAUCCACUUGCACCACUGUGGACAUAGACCACAUAAAGAAAAAGAGAGUAGAGGCAAUCCGAGGACAGAUUCUCAGUAAACUUCGACUGACCAGCCCGCCACAAACAGCAGGUCCGAAUCAGGUACCGUUUCAGGUGCUGGCGCUCUAUAACAGUACGAAGGAGCUGAUCGAGGAGUUGGGGAGAGACAGGCAGCAAAGUUGUGGACAGGAUAACACGGAGACUGAAUACUACGCAAAAGAGAUUUACAAGUUCAAUAUGAUAAAUGGACCACCAGAAAACAAUGACCUUCCCUACUGCCCCAAAGGAAUCACCUCCAAGGUAUUCCGCUUCAACGUGUCAGUCAUGGAGAAAAACUCCACCAACCUCUUCAGAGCUGAGUUCCGAGCUCUUCGUGUUCCUAACUCCAGCGCCAAAAGGAACGAGCAGAGGAUUGAGCUCUACCAGAUUCUACGGCCAGACGACCACAUAGCCAAGCAGCGCUACAUCGGAGGUAAGAACGUCCUGACCAAAGGAACGCCAGAGUGGGUCUCCUUUGAUGUGACAGACACCGUCAGGGAGUGGCUCAUGUACCGAGAAACCAACCUCGGCCUGGAGGUCAGCGUUCACUGCCCAUGCCACACCUUCAACCCUAACGGUGACAUCAUUGAAAAUGUCAACGAGGUGCUAGAGGUCAAAUUCAAAGGUGUGGAGGUUGACCUGGAAGACCACAGCCGCUGGGACACGAGCAGACAGGCCAAACAGAAGGAGCAGCUCUUCCCUCACCUCAUCCUCAUGAUGCUGCCUCCUCACAGGCUGGAGGCCCAGUCCACAUCGCGCAGACGCAAGAGAGCCCUGGACACCAACUACUGCUUCUCUAACUACGAGGAGAACUGCUGUGUGCGACCCCUCUACAUUGACUUCCGCCAGCACCUGGGCUGGAGGUGGAUUCACGAGCCUAAGGGAUACUACGCUAACUUCUGCUCUGGACCCUGCCCAUACCUACGGAGUGCAGACACCACACACAGCUCAAUGCUGAGCCUGUACAACACCCUGAACCCCGAGGCGUCCGCCUCUCCCUGCUGUGUGCCUCAGGACCUGGAGCCCCUCACCAUCCUCUACUAUGUGGGCCGCACCCCCAAGGUGGAGCAGCUGUCCAAUAUGAUCGUCAAGUCGUGCAAGUGCAGCUAAGGGCCCCGCGGCCCAGCACGACGGGACCUGACGAGGCCCGAACGGCCCCGCGCUGAGGGAGCGGAGGUAGAGGGUGGCGUGCUGUCCCUAACAACAACCCCCCACCCCCCCCCCACCCA